GAUAGAUUAGUUCUAUCCAGUUCAACGACUGGAUGAUACUGGGCAGUAAAGGAGAGAUAAGGGCUAUUAAUUAAAUACCAUCUCAGAGAUGCGUUCGAUGAGACUUUAGAAACGUUUGUACAAUUUUUAUUCAUUCUUUUUUAUUAAGUUAAAGAAUAAAAUACUUUGUGGAAAACCCUGUAUUACUAUAUAUAUUUAUAAAUAUAAGGAAUACAGUCAGAGAAAGACUAAAAGGUUUGGAUACAAGCAGCAACAGUUGAAAUAUCCAUCUUAUAAAAUAUAUUCUAUAAUGAAUGGAUAUAAUAGAUACACUGGAUAUACUAGAUUACAAGAUGAGGAUCUGGAUACCAGAUCUAUCUCUAAUUACAUAUCCUAGGUUUAAGUAUGGCUGAAUAUACUAGAUUACAAGAUGAGGAUCUGGAUACAAGAUCUAUCUCUUAUUAUAUAUCCUAGGUUAAAGUAUGACUGGAUAUACUAGAUUACAAGAUGAGGAUCUGGAUACAAGAUCUACAGUUAACGCAUCAAUCUCUAACGAUAGGAUCAUAGAGCAGAAGCAAGGACGACCUUCUCACACCAUGAUAUUAGUUCUCCACCUCAUGUUCAAGAUGAUGUCAUUGGCCCUGUACAUGUUCGGUUGGCUCCUCACCUCCUCCUUCAUCGCCUGCUUUAUCAUGAUCACCCUCCUCCUCUCCGCAGAUUUCUGGAUCGUCAAGAAUAUCUCCGGCAGGCUUCUGGCUGGACUCAGAUGGUGGAGUGUAGUAGAAGAUGAUGGAAAGUUGAGCUGGAGAUAUGAAUGCUGGACAAGUGAGGAGAGAGAGUUGGCUAAAUCUAAGGAUUCCAAUAUAUUCUGGGGAGGAUUAAUAGUUGCUCAGGGAGCAUGGUUCAUAUUUGCAACUAUAUCUCUCUUCAGUUUACAUUUGAGAUGGUUUCUUCUCUGCAGUGUAGCUUUGUCAUUGAAUGGAGCAAACCUGUUUGGUUCUCUGCGCUGUCGGUUAGGCCAGGUCAAUAUCAGGCAAAAGGUCACAGAGUACAUUACAGUUAAUGUACUUAAAAGAUCUCAAUCCAACACCCAACAAAAUAUCUGAUUUAUUUGAUUUGAAACUAAUUUAUAAAUAUUGUAUUUAUGUGAUUGUUCCAAUAAAUUAAUAAAAUGUAAG